AAUAUCAUAUAGGGUUUGCAUUCCCAUCUGGUAUACAUAGAACUGCAGCUCAUCUUCCGCCUAGCUAGCUGAUAAUUAAGUUCGUAUUGCAAAUAUGGGUAUGUUAAUUUCUUACUAAUAUCUGGUCCCAGCAUGGGGGAGAAAAAAAGAAGACCAAAGCCUUGCAUCUUCUCAUAGCUCCCUUACUAAGAGGAAUCGAGAAAGAAGAAGCAACAACAAAGAUCGAUCGAUGGAGGAAAGUGCAGGUGGCUUUGAAUGUUCAAAGAUAAGCCUUUCCAACCGAAAUGAGGAUGGAAGCGAGAGCGGGGAGAAUGAUGACGACUGUAAUCCUAGAAAAGGAGCAAGCUCAAGCCACAGCACGGUCGAAGAGAGCGAGAAGAAACCAUCGGUGCGGCCUUAUGUUAGAUCGAAGAUGCCUAGGCUCCGAUGGACGCCUGAUCUUCAUCUUCGUUUUGUUCAUGCUGUUGAAAAACUUGGUGGACAAGAAAGAGCCACACCAAAGAUGGUUCUUCAGAUGAUGGACAUAAAAGGAUUAAGUAUUGCACAUGUCAAGAGCCAUUUACAGAUGUACAGAAGCAAGAAGGUGGAUGAUUCGAACCAAGUAUUAGCGGAUCAUAGGCAUCUUGUGGAAAGUGGAGAUCGAAAUAUCUAUAACCUCAGCCAACUUCCCAUGCUUCAAGGAUACAACCCGAGCCACAAUUCCCAUUUCCGUCCAAGAUGUAGAUUUGGAGAUGCUUCUUGGGGCGGUCACGAAAAGUUCUUGGGUUUUACUCCGGGCUGCAGCUCAAUGAGUAAUUCCAGUACUGGCAGUAGUACUGUGGGUGAAAGGAUCUUUGGUAGCAGCUAUAACAAUUGGACUAACAGCAAUUUCCCUUCGGGAACUUCCAGUUUCAGUAAACAGUCAGGUUUUACUAGAUUAACCCAAGAAGUGAAAGAUGGAUUCCAGUCAUUUUAUAAAAAUCAACCCUGCUCGCAGACUCAAACCAGAUUGAAUCCCACUGAUGAUCUUAACCCGGCCUUAACCGGCCAUCUGCAUGCGGAACUAAAAGAGCGUACAAGUUUUUGUAAUACCAAUGCUCCUUCAGAUUUCAGCAAGAUUAGUACAACCACUCUUCAAGACCAGUGGAGUAAGCUGAAAAGAAAGGUCUCGGACUACGACCUCGACUUGGAUCUAUCUCUUAGGCUGACUUCGAGUGAUCAAGAGAACCAGAGAAGAAGUUCAGGGCAUCAUAAAGUUGAUAGUAAUCUCUCCCUGUCUCUGUACUCGCAAUCAUCGAGCUCGAAUUUGACCAGUUUGAAGGAAGGACGCGCCCAUGAUGAUAAGGAGCAAGAAAGAAGGGCAAGUACUCUGGAUCUGACUAUAUGAAUUAUGAGGAAAUUCUAAGUGAGAUCUUGAGGUACUUGUCCAAAACAAUGCAAUAUUACUUUUAUGAAUGAAAGUUGUCUUUCAUGUACCCACAUACGAAUUAAUAAUUAGUCUCCGCCACUCAAUUUCCUUUUCAAUUCUUCUAUUUUC